AUGUCUAUACUUUUACCUUCCACGGAUCGAAUUUCCUACUUACUUUCAAUAGAAAAUCGUCAUGUUUUGUUGACACUCGAUAAUUGUUCAUCGCACAGCCUAGGAGAACUUACUCUCUCAAAUGUAAAUGUUCAGUUCUUUCCCGCUAAUACAACCAGCCGACUACAGCCUUUAGAUCAAGGUAUAAUUGCGCUAAUGAAAAAAUAUUAUAGAACACGUUUAGUACGAACUCUGAUUCAAGCAAUAGAAGAAGGCGCGAAAGCUCCUACUUGGAACGUUUUAAAUGCAAUUGAAGCUAUCAAGUUAUCAUGGGAUUCAGUUUCUGCUGAAGCGAUAGCAAAUUGUUUUAAAAAAGCUUGGAAACGUUCAAACAUUACAAACAAUGAAGAAGUUGUAAGCAAUGAUCCUGAGGAAUGGCAGCAUCUGCUGUCAAUUAACGGGGUAAGAAAGAGUUAA